AUGGAGGACUCGAAGCGUACCUACGGUGCGGAUUUGACAACUACAACCACUGCACAGCAGUUUGUAUCACUACGAGCACCUGCUAUCAACAUUCAUCCGAAUAAAAAAUGGGCUCAGAAUGGUCUCACUGUGGCUGGAGGAAAUGGACAUGGUAAUGGAAGCAAUCAACUUGAUGACCCACUCGGUUUGUAUGUCGAUGAUGAUCAAACUAUUUAUGUCGCUGAUGAGGAUAAUAAUCGUAUUAUGGAAUGGAAAUUGGGUGCGAAAAGUGGCAAAGUAGUUGCAGGUGGUAAUGGAGAAGGAAAUGGAACUCAUCAGUUAAAAUACCCAUACGAUGUGAUUGUCGACAAAGAAAGAGACAAUCUCAUCAUCUGCGAUUGGGGAAAUAGGAGAGUAGUUCAAUGGUCUCGUCGACAUGGUACUAGUGGAGAAACGAUCAUCUCGAACAUCGAUUGUCGGGGUUUGACAAUGGACGAGAAUGGAUCUCUUUAUGUCGUUGACUAUGGAAAUGAUGAAGUGAGACGAUAUCGAAGAGGAGAAUCUAAAAAAACAGUGGUUGCAGGUGGUAAUGGAAGAGGAAGUGGCCUCGGUCAAUUCUCUUCUCCAUAUUACGUAUCUGUUGAUCGGGAUCAUUCAGUUUAUGUGUCUGACUGGGGAAAUGAUCGUGUAAUGAAAUGGGAAGAAGCUGCAAAACAAGGCAUCGUUGUAGCUGGUGGUCAAGGGAGGGGAGAUAGUCUUUCACAACUAGCAGGUCCUCUAGGAGUUGUUGCCGAUCAAUUCGGCACAGUCUACGUAGCUGAUCAAUGGAAUAAUCGAAUAGUGCGCUGGCCAAAAGGAGUCGCAGAAGGAAAUGUCAUUGCUGGUGGAAACGGUGGUGGAUCACAGCCGAAUCAAUUCGUGUAUCCCAUUGGUAUAGGAUUCGAUCGGCAUGGCAAUCUCUAUGUCGCCGAUAAAUGGAAUUUUCGAAUACAAAAAUUUUCAGUUGAACAGACAACAAAUCAAUAA